AUGGGCUAUUUAACGAAGUUAUUUUUCUUGACGUUCGGCCUGACCUUCGAUGUCCAUACAUUCAACGUCCCACUGGUCGAGUCCAAGCCAAAUACCAGCACAAUAAAGGGUGUCUCUUUAGGUCUGCCUCUGGAUCCUCGCCAUCCUCCCAAUAUCUUUGUGGACCCUUCUCGUCAAGGUCAAAGUUCCAUACCUGCCGGGAUGCUCAUCUUCACCUGGCUCUGGGAAGUCUCGAGACAAUGGGCUGUUCUUCACCCGGAUGUCAUCUACUACUCAACCCACAUCACAAAUCAAAUCUUUCCAGUAAUCGAUAUUUUUAUUGUUCCUGAAACGAGCAAAAAGGGUCAACUGAGCACUCAAAUCUUUGUCUGGGCGCUCCUCACAGCUAUUCAUGCUGUUGAUCUUUCUUCGCCUGAUGACGAUCCUGAGUCCACCAAGAAGGAUCCGUACUUAGUACCAAGUUUCACUAUCAUCUAUCAGGACAAUGUUCUUGGCACAUUCAGAACUACCAUGGUGUCUUCCACCACCAACGACAGCGCAAUUGACAUCGAUCCUAGUCUAGAACAAGACGCCUCUCUAGGCAUUUCACUCGAUUCGGAGUUCACCGGACAAGCCAUGUCUAUGAAAGGUAUUCUUCUAAUUGUGUGGCGUCUUCUCAGGGAAUUGUGGGCCUUCCAGGCGCAAGCUACGGUCGGAUCACGAUAUGGAGCAGGUAGCCGACUAGAAAUGACCUUUCCGGAAAUGAAGAACUACGUGAUUAUGUUGGCAUUGUAUGAUGUAGGACCUCCAACAAAUCCGGUACUCUGGAAAGACCUUGUGAGCGCUGUGACAUUCGCACUUCUGGAGCCGAUAAAACGUAACAAAUGGCAAAGUUGCGUGUCCACACUUAGCAAACCAGGCGUGCAGGACUUCGCGAAACUUGCUUGGUGCGUGCCGGCUCGGCCUGGUGGAGGAUGCCCUGGGAUUGAUGCUUCAGAUGCUGCUAUCACGAAUACCACCCAAAUCAAAACUAGCUGGGCUGAUCAGUCGGAUAGUACGCAAUAG